ACUAACAGCUCCAACGUUGAGAGCCCCAUGUGCACCGUUCGAACAACACGCGACUCGUUGCGGUUGAAGCAGCCUCAAGCCUUUAUUGAAAAGUACUUUUGCUGGGGCGUUUAACGGGAAUUUUUAAAUGACGUUCGAUCUCGUGUCUUUCGAUGACUCGUGUUCAUUUUUGAGUGUCGAAUCGAGUCGGGGAUCGCGGUUAAUACAUUUUUCAUAUUGAGGCAAUGACGGAAUCACGGUUUUUGUAGGGAGGGACGUUUUCGUACGUCAAAUUAUUUUUGUUUUCAUUAAGAAAUACGGAAAGUUUGGGGAUGUCGAUCGUGGUCCACUCGGCUGUGACAGUGCUGAUUCGCUUCUCCGGUUUUGACCAGCGAGAACUGCCGGGAGGUUUUGAAAAGAUUUUGAACGAAUGACGAUUUGAGACCGGAUCUAUUUCCCAAGAUUUUUAAUGCUUUUAUCGACAAUCGUGCUUGUGUGCUUUCCGAUUGACAUGGAGAUCAUUGUGUGAGGUGUUCGUGCUGGAAGUGCAAGUGAAUUUUCGUUUGAUGGAUUUUCUCCUUGCUCUCGGGGACUUGAUUAUCGAGGGGUAUUUCACCGGUAGCGGAAAUCGAAUGCCCAUCGACGGAAGCACGAUGCAGAUCCUUCUGGUUACUAGAAGCUAAUCGAAGGGGAGGAACUCUCGCGAUUGUAUUGCUCCAGAGAAUCGCGUUGAGAGGAAAAAGCGGACUUUCGAGCGGGGCUUUUCGAAUAUUAUGUUAGCCACCAGACUAUGCUUUGUCACGACGUUGUUCGGGCUGGCGGGAAGCGUCGCUGCGCUUCUUCCCGAAGACCUCGAAGAACGAGGACACCGGAGUGGCAAUCUUCAAGGGGAGUGCUCGUCGCGAUGUCCCGAUCUCGAUCUCAAUCAAAACCGAACAGAUGACGCUAGUUCAGAAGUUGGAUGCGGAGUGCGCUGCAAGAUCGAUCAGUGUACCAAGGGUUGCGCAGCGUGGCAACAAGCGUUGGAAACGAGCUGUCAAGCAGUAUGCAAUGUUACCCAAGAACUUUUGCCUCCCAAAGAACUGUACUGUGUUCUUGGAUGUCACGACGCCCUCAACCGGUACUUUCAACAACUCAAAGCCGAAAUCGGGGUACCACCGGCCCCGGCUCUGGUCGCCGAUUCCCUGACGGCGACGUCCCUUCGUCUGGAGUGGACAGGAAUCGAUAUCGAGAAGAGGCACGCCGGUGGGGUGUCGUACCUGGUGCAAUGGAGAUACGAGGAACUCGCCGAGACGUGGCAGUACUGUCGGAACCAGUCGUGGGGCCAGGACGACCAAAUACUGGUCGAAAAUUUGCAACCGUACACAAAGUACCGAUUUCGAGUGGCGAUACUGUUGAAAUCAACGCAACACAACCCCGAACCAAUAGUGUCAGCGCCAAGCGUUGUUAUUCUGACAUUAGCAGCGGGGCGGCCAACGUCAGCACCGGUAAUUGUAAGGGCGGCUGCAGUCGAUAGCUGUCGGGUAUCUGUGUCUUGGGAACCAGGCCCGUUUCCCAAUGGUCCACUCGCCUCCUAUGUCCUGCAAUUACAAGGGGCAGAUUACUCCUUGCUUACUAAGGAUAUUCCAGCAUCGGAAAACACCGAUCAUUAUAUGUUUCAAAAUUUGGUACCGAACAAAAACUACACGAUAAGCGUCUCGAUGAGAAACGCUGAGGGGGCUGGACCACCAGCCGUCAUCUACAUAACUACACCUCCUGAACCUGCUGUAAAGGACAUGCAACAGCCGAUUUUGAUAUUGGGUGGCGAGCACGUGGUAACGAAGCAAGGAGCAGACAUGUUGGAUGAGCCACGAGUGGUUUGUCGAACAGCGGGUUCGAUUCGCGGAGUAGCGAUCCACGUGGCAUCGGCGCAGCUUUUUUUCUCCGAUUCAAUGGGUUUCGUGUAUCGCACCUCGAUAAUGGAAUCGUCGGAGCCAACGGUCGUGUUGAGCUCGAGUCAAGUGAAUUUCAAGCCCCUCAGCUUGUCCGUCGAUUGGUUGAACAUGCAUUUGUACGUGUUGGGCGAAGUGAAACACGCGACGACCGUCUGGCAAAUAGCGCGUUGUAACUUCGACGGAAAAGGCUUGACGGUCGCUAUGGCAGGUUUCCUAACGAGACCGUCACAUAUCGAGGUCGAUCCUUACAACGGUUAUCUCUUCUGGGUCACCCGGGGCGGACUGUACAGGCUCGAUCUGGCUGACAUAAGUAACGGCAUCAAACACGAAGUCCAACCGUAUCUCAUACUCGAAGAUGCACAUUUGGGUGCGUUCACCGUCGAUCAUACCAACUUCCGCCUACUCGUACCUGACCACACGAAAAAUACUGUCAUUUCGGUCUCCCUCGAUGGCCGCGAAAUCCUUGAUCUUCGCGCCAACACGCAACAACCGAAAUUCAAAAAUGUCGUGUCCCUCGCCAUGGCUAAUGGGUUGUUCUACUGGACCAACGGAGAAGAAGUUCUCACCGAGGGUUACCAUCCGGGACAAAAUCGAUAUUUUCACAACGCUUAUCCUGAUCGAUCGGACGUUUCGUUCGUCAGUGUGAACGUGCUGAUGGACGCGAGUCAGCCAGUUCCGGUUCCGGUGAACCCACCGACCGGUGUUCAGGCUGUGUUGGGGGCCGAAAGAGCCAAAGUAUCUUGGCAAGCACCGCACUUGUUGGGCGGCCAAGGCAAAGGAGCCUGGCAGAAUUGGUCCUACGAACUCGAGAUUAAGGACGAAUCCAGCGGCGAUGUUAUCCGUCAAACUGCGAUCGCUGGAUCCUCCCAUACCGUUCAUAAUUUACGCGAAAAGUCCGAGUACACGAUCAAAGCUGCGGCUUAUACGAGCGCCGGCAGAGGACCUUGGUCGACGGAAUUCCACGGACGAACUUUGAAGGAUGGUUCACACGCCUCGAUACUGUGGUCAGCUAACGAAGGAUUGUUGAGGAGUGACGUAACCGGCGAAAAUGUUGAGACUCUGAUUUACAAAGGAAGCCUCCGAGAUUCCGAGAGCGAAUAUUACAUCGUCGAUGUCAGUUGGUAUCAGGAUACUCUUUAUAUCGUCGGUAAUAAUUCAGCGUUGUACAGAUACAACAUGACGGAGCAUAGCAAAACGAGAUUGAACAUUAAUUCGGUCGGGAGCGUCGCCGUUGAUUGGAUAUCGAAGAAACUUUACUGGGCCAAUCCUAAGCAACAAAUAAUAACGAGAGCGAAUUUGAACGGAUCGCAGCAGGAACCAAUGUCGAUAUUAGCCAUCGUCAAAGAAUUGAUGAUCGACGCCCAAGCCGCGUAUUUGUACUGGUCGACCGGGCACGCUGUCGAAGUUGCUCGGCUGAAUGGCCAAGACAGAAGAUAUUAUCAUUCCGAUGAAAUUUUCAAUGGCAAACAAGUGAUGGGUCUGACGUUGGACACCGAGAAUCGAUACGUUUACUGGAUCGUGCGGAGCUACGAGAGUGGAUCGAUCGUUUAUCGGGCUCCGACUUCUGAGAGGAUACCGAUGAGCCAAAAAAUCGUACCGGAAAAGGUCUCAUCGCUCCAGCACCCAAAUAUGCAAGGCCCUUUGUGCUACUUUUCCGAGCACCUUUUGUGGCUGCAGGACGAUCGGAACACGGUCAUCGGCGAUUUGACUGGUCAAAAUACAGCCGUAAUCAACGGCAUUUCGUUAAUCGGUUUGCAUAUGGUCGCCAUAAUGGAUCCGGCGUUGCACCGGUAUCCGGAAAAUUUGACAGCGGAUACGAUAGCCGUUUUGCCGAAUGCGGUUAAAGUCGACAGCAUAAGAGUCGAGGGAACUUGGCGCAACUUCAACGUCUCGUGGGAUCCCGUAACCAAUACCAAUUAUGGGACUGUUUUUUACGAGGUCAAGUUCGCCGAUUAUAUCAACACCAAUUCAAACCCUGAAAUAACCACGGAAACGUCAAUGCCCUACAACAAUUCCGACCAAAUCUUGCCCUACUCGAUCCUCGAAGUCACCAUCAAAGCUUUUACCUAUUGGGGCACUUCUGGCCACUCUCGAACCAUGCUGACCUCACCACAAAGCGUGCCCAGUCAACCAACGAACGUUAGAAUCUUUGUCGAACACAAUCGAGAACCUUUGGGCGAAGAAAAUGAUUUGUUCGUCACAUUCAGAUGGGACUUGCCACAGUUCGUGAAUGGCUUGAUCCAAGGCUACGAGUUGAAGUGUUGGUCAAUGAUGAACGGUGUCGAGAUCCAGAUCUGCAACGACGUUAAGGUUGGUGCGGAAGUCGAGGAGUAUUCGGUGCAUCAGUUGAAGCCGAAUACGACGUAUUACUUGAAAGUUCGUGCAUUCACAAAAGUCGGUGCUGGACCAUACACGGAUGUGGUGAACGUUUCGACCGAUUACGAGAAUCCGGUGCCGCAGUUGUUGGUCGCUACGACAGACGCUGUGAGGAUGAUCGACCUCGAUCGGCGCUCGAACGAGACAAUAACACGACACAUCGUCGGCGAAGUCAGAUAUCUCGCGGUUGAGAACAAAUUAUUUUGGAUCAACGAGAUGCAGGAAGUCGUGACUUCCGAUAUGAAAGGAAAAAACGCCACGAAAAUACUGUCGCUCAAUGGCACGAGCUCGGGGUUAUGCCUCGAUUGGGUUUCCAGGAGUCUCUAUUGGAGCGAAUCGACGUCGAGAAAAAACGGGGCCAGUCGCAUCGUCAAACUUGACAUCACGGCUUGGGAAGCUGGCACACUCAUCUACGAACAAAUCAUCACGCGGACGAGGAGCAUCGUUAAUCUCGAAGUAUCUCCGUUGACCGGGGAGCUAUUUUGGAUCGAGUUAACGGAGGCUGACCGCGGAAUGAUAAUGCAUUCGGACCUGAACGGUGAGAAUGUGAAAAUAUUUUUCAACCACGACGAGGAUUGUUCGUGCUCGUACCGGCCGUCGUUGAAGCCGACGAUGACGAUCGACAGCACAGAUCCGAAGAGUCCGUUUGUGUACUGGAUAUCGUUGGAGGGAAAUUUGAACAUAGCGAGUAUCGACGGUUGCGAGUGCGACGUGGUUCUGACGCCGAGUUACGACCGCGGCUUGCCUCCGGUGUCGUUGACCGUGGACAAGAUGAACGUUUAUUGGUCGAGCGCGACCGGGGACGGGAUUUACUACGCGAACAAAUUGACGCCGAACGACGAAGACGUGAGAACGUUUUACCUCGGUAACCUGCGGAGCAUACGGGCAACGGGCAAGUCCCUGCAGCCUUACCCAAUGUCAGACUGCUUGAUCCCGCAUCAGGUUGACUACAAUUGCGAAGAAAUCGGUAAAACCGCUACGAGCAUAACGAUCAGACUGCCGAUGCCGGAGGCGAAUUACGAUUGUGAAAAUUACAAUUUGCCGAGUACACUGUACACGGUUUACGUGUCGCAGUGUCUCGAAAACGAUCCGAACAAAUGCAACAACAACGACAAGAUUCAGCUGCGAACGUACCGGAGAGAAAUGCUCGUGAAAAAUCUCAAACCAUUCACGAAGUACCGAUUUAAACUGGCCCUCAGCAACUAUUACAGCGACGCGGAAUCUCUGAGCCUCGAAUUCGGACCCGGAGUUGUGCUCAGAACAGCAGCCGGCGCUCCGACCACACCGGAAAACGUUACCGUUCGAGCUCUCACGCCUUAUUUAGCUGCCGUCAACUGGUUACCACCGAAACAGUUGAACGCAGCUGCUGUACGUUACGAAGUACAUUGGCGCUCCGUCCGCCUCGUUGACGGCGUCCGACAGAAGGGCGAACAGUUCAUCAAGAACGCCGAAAUACCUACCAACGGGCAAUUCACCGCGAUGCUUCAGCCCCUUUUACCCGGACAGGAUUAUCUCGUAUACGUCCGAGCUUAUCCGGCCCAUUUCAAUGACACUUACAGCGAAAGCAGUGAAAAAAUAGUCACCAUGUACCCCGAACCUGCCAAUCUCACUGUCACCGGCGUCACCGUAAAUGCCUUGAAUGUUUCGUGGAUACCCAAUCCGAAUUUGACGGUCAGCUACGUCCUCGAGUAUCGCAGUGCCCGAUUGGAUAAAUGGCAAAUCGCUAACGAUCGCUUCCUCAAUGCCAACAAAGUUGACUUCCGCAUCAAAGGACUCUUGUCCAAAACUUUUUAUACUUUUCGAUUGGUACUUCGGUAUCCGAAUUAUCAUCAAAAUUUCGUAUGGCCCACCGAUUCGAGAUUCAAUUUUGAGACGCUGGGCGACGUUCCAAGUCCACCAGGAACACCGGGUGUCACGAAGCUCCGAAACUCCGUUUACCAAUUGAAUUGGGAGCCGGCACUUGCCCACGGUUCUCAAAUAACAUUGUACAGGCUGGAGGGUAAAAUAAUUGACGAUACGAUCGACGAUUAUGAAAAGAACGAGACCAAAGGCUGGAACGUUUAUUACAACGGUACCGACAACUACUGGAUUAUAAUGGGCGAAAUGAAUCAAAAAUACAAAUUCCGUGUUCGGGCUAGAAACGCUUACGGUUUUGGUGAUUGGAGUAAGCCAAGUCCGUUGGUCGAUCUCACUGAUACGACUGGAACUUCAUUGGCUGGUCAACAACACCUCGGAUUAGUACUCGGCCUGAGUGUUCCUGUCAUCGCCAUAAUGUUGUUGUGCUUCUGUUAUUUUCUUUGCGCAGUUUACAAGCAGCGUAAAGAGGGCAAAAAGGCGGUAUUGCCACCCAUUAUGCCGGAUCUGGAAUUAGCAACGCUCCGAGAAAUUCCAAGGGGUAAUUUCGUGCAAUCGAAUGCUCUUUACGCUCCCUCGUUGCAGCACGAUCACGACGACUCGAUGUUGCCAAAGAUUCGAAGGGAGCACAUAACUUUGGCGAAAUUUUUAGGCAGCGGGGCUUUCGGCGAGGUAUUUCAAGGGAACGCCAAAGAUCUCGAGGGCCCAGGAAUAACGCCCGUAGCGAUAAAGACCCUUCGAAAAGGUGCCUCGGCCCAGGAGAAAACGGAAUUCCUUCAAGAAGCUCAAUUGAUGAGUCACUUUCGUCACAAGCACGUUCUAAGAUUGUUGGGUGUUUGUCUCGACACGGAUCCACCUUUGUUGGUUCUCGAGCUGAUGGAAGCCGGAGAUUUGUUGAGUUAUCUCAGAGCAAGUCGCUCGCUGCCACCGACCGAUUCUCGUGCACUUUUGCUCCAGGAUUUAUUAGCGAUGUGCGAAGACGUCGCCCGUGGCUGUCGCUACCUCGAGGAGCUCCACUUCGUUCACCGUGACUUGGCCUGUCGAAAUUGUCUCGUUUCGGCCAGAGAUCGCGAAAAUCGAGUCGUCAAAAUUGGCGAUUUUGGCCUCGCUCGAGAUAUUUACAAAAAUGAUUAUUACCGAAAGGAGGGUGAAGGAUUAUUACCGGUUCGAUGGAUGGCACCGGAAUCCCUAGUGGACGGUGUCUUCACGUCGCAGAGUGAUGUGUGGGCGUUCGGCGUUUUGAUGUGGGAAAUAACGUCCCUCGGCCAGCAGCCUUAUCCUGCAAGAACGAAUCUCGAAGUUCUUCAUCACGUUCGAGCGGGCGGUAGAUUAUCGAAACCCCUGAAUUGCCCUCCUCUUCUACAUCAGCUGAUGCUGAGGUGUUGGAGCACAGCUGAUACGAGACCGAGCUUUAAACUGUGCCUCGAGCAUAUUAUAUCGUUACGAGCCAACACGGAAGAUGCUGCACUCAGUCCUGUCCACGCCGGUCAUUAUCUCACGAGACGCGGCGUCUCUAACAUGGCUUACUUUGCUGACGAGAAUCAAAAUCAUAACAAUUCAGGAAAUUCAUGGAAAUCGAGUAGCUCCGAUGGAAGUCGCGACAUGCAGCCUCUGUUUCAAGACAGUGCGGCAGCGUUGCUGCGCUCAACCAACGUGCCAAAGUACCUCGAGGUGUUGGCCGACAACGUAUCGACCGAGAAUCACGCGGGCGAGUACGAGAUACCGAGAUCGAUACACAUGAGCGAGGAGGUAAUUGUGGAUGCCGAUCAGAGUGUAUCGCUGCCGGAGGAUGAGACGAGGAAAUCGAUGGAGCCUGAAAUCGAAUCGGAGACGAAAGUUGCCUUUGAAAAUGUUGGCGAGGACAGAAAAAACUCGUUGCAAGAAAGACUCUCGGUUACGAGUUUGAACAUUUCGGAGGGCAAGAAAGAAGCUUUGGACAACAUUGAGGAAAGGAAUAAGACGUUGGAUGGUAUGCGAGUCGGAAAAACGAGCGGCAAUACGAUUGGCAAAGAGUCUUCGUUGCUGCCGUUGAACGAGAGACGGAAAUUUGGCAACUCGACGAUCGCGAGGAGAACUUUGGACAACGGAUCGGAAACGAGCCUCGAGGGAAUGAGUUCCAUCGGCUCAUCGAUCGGCUCGUUGGCUUCCACUCGACCGAGUUCCUCGUUGAUUAAUUCCCAACAGAGUCUGAGCCUGAAAAAUAGCAACCCAACCGUGUCGAAUGGUGACACCGUUAACAACGAUGCCAACGUCACUAAAGUACCAAAACUGCAGGUCAAUCAUGCCACUUUACAAAAUAAUCGAGCCAAUAUCCCCUUGGUUAUAAAUCGUGUUCUGCUGAAUUUAUUAGGACCGUCCCAAACAAUCGAAGAUGGUGGUAAUGAGAUCGCGACAUACACGAAUCUCAACACCACCGACGUCGCUAGAGUGAACUGACGUUUCAGAGCUCGGAUUUAUUGUUUUUUUUUUUUUCUAUUGUUUUCCUCCGUGAUGGAAUAGUUUUUAUAAUUGCCGGAAACUGUGAAGUGUUGUAUCGAGUAAUCUUUAUGUGUCGACGACAUUUAGAAACAAGAAAAUCUCGAAACAGCAGUAAAGAUAGGUUCUCAAGGGAAAUUCAUAAAUUUUGAAGAACGCUGCACCGUUGCGAAGAAAAAUUGUUACUCGAAAGGCACAAUUAUUGUGAUCACUUCGGAACUCAAUUGCUCCCCAUUUUUCAUAUCAAUUGUUCGUCAUUAUUUUGUCACCGAAUAAUGGUUUAGGAUUAUUUUGAAAUUCCUACGCGUCCCUCUGCAUUCGCGAAAAAAGGGAGAAACAAAAAUAUGCCAUGGAAAUGUCUCAGUGAAGCGACCGACUGCCAUUUAUAAUCAUUAAUCUAUGAAUUCCUUGUACGCGUUUAAUAUCUCGCACAUGCUAAUGUAUUUAUUGACUUUAGAAUUUAAUGUUUUUGUCUCUUAAUUGCUCAGUUUUGUCGUAAUGUUAUAUAAAUUGUAUAGGAAACGUUCGACGAUUAUUUAGUCAUUCGAAUGGAAAGAACGUUUGAAAAAAAUGUUAGAUUUAAAACGAAUUACGAAAUUUCAUUUCGAUUCGUUUACAAAACACGUCGGGAUCGAACUAUUUUGAACUUUCAAUCGAAGGACCGAGUUCAAUAUUCGAAACGAGCAGUGUGAACAGUUUUGCAAAUUCGAUGCCUGAAUCACCGUCGAUCGCUUCGCGUAGGUAGAAGAUCUCGAGGAGGAAAAAAAUUCGUUAUUAUCGCAGUGAUGCGUGUAAAGAUUUUGUUAAGUUUUGUAUGUGAAUGUUGCUAUAUAUCGAACGAAGAGAAUUUCGGAAACGAUCGUCAAUUGGAACAUCACCAGAGCGAAACUUCUAACAAUUCACUAUUUUCGUGUUUAAAAAUUUAUGGAUUUUUUUGACGAAACAAGUGAAUAGAAAAUUGGCCAGAAAUUGUUACAAUUUUAUCAGAGGAGGGAUAUUUUUUCAAGCAGUUUUAUAUUGAAAAAAAAAUUGAAAUGACGAUUAAUUCAUACUCUAUAUAAAUACAUCGUUCUCCUAUUAGAUAAUGAUGAAAAAUUAUGAAUAGAACAUAAUUUAUAUACACAUUAAUACGUCGAAUCGAUAUAUCAUGAAAGAAAGUGUAAAUACCUUAAAAUUAAGACAUUUUAUCGCGCCUUACGAAAGACAUUCUUUCCCCCUUACAAAUUUAUCAUACGAAGUAUUAAAUAUCGUCUUCCUGGAGAGUGAAAACGAGUGAUUUCGUUCGUUUUUGAUUGUCAAGAGUCCAAGUACAGGUUCGCAAAGUUCUACGCAUGUGAAAGCAGUGUCAGUAAUCCGUUUCCUCAUUUCUUUAGUCUUCCCAUCAUCACGAAAAGAUGUUGAUAGUAUUUUUCAUUGAAAAUAUAUACAUCAAUGUAUAAUCAUGAAAUCGUUAACUGUAAAUAUGUAGAGGGUAUGACUAGUCGUUAAUUAAAGUGACAGCAACAAAUAUGAUUGAGAAAAGGGAGAAUUUCAGACAAUUUAUAUGCCUAAGUGGAAGUCCUGGUCGUGGACCAGCGAGCACAAUCACGGUGUCUUAAUUUAGGUCCGAUAAAAUUUAUGACAACUUUUUUUUCGGGAGUAGCAUCGUUUUUAAUGUUUGGACAAUCGAUGCAGAAUCUUCGAAACAAACGAAACAGUGUCAAUUAGAGCGCUCGUGAAUCUUGCAAACUGGACGAUCUGUUGUUAGUCUAAUAAAUGUUUAACUCAUGCCAUAAUAUAUAUAUGUAUAUAUUAUGACUAUCCAUGACUGUCUUAAAAGUGUAAAGACUCAUUUGUAAAUAAAAUUCGUAUGACUGGUGAGAAUAAGUUUACUAAA